GGUAACCAUAUCGUCAGGCCGCGCCUAACCUAUGAUGCACUUCUACGCUCCUUCCUAGCUGGCAAUCGGUUAGGACGCUCUCCUAUCACCUGACACCUGAGGCUUGGCUUGCAAUUUUAACACGGAUUGACAGCUGAAGCUGAAGCUGCCUUGAUUAACACUCCCAGAGUAACUCUUAACCGGGGUUGUACUUGCCGACUUUCGCACCUUCCUUGCGUUGUAUUUACGCAAUGGGGGACAUACGCCCGAGGCAUCUUGUCUUUGAGGAUUUGUCAGAAGUACUUGCUCGCGCUUCAGGCCCCGGCAUGGGCAUAACCAGGGGCCAAGGAGAUCAGUCAGGAAAGGACAUGCCCCUGAGCAUGCGGGAACUGAAUGAGCAGCUGGCGUCAUUGGCAAGCAACGUACAGGAAGCGCAUGGAGCUCUGCAGGAGCGCUUCGACGUCCAUCGGAAAGCUGCCCUUGACCAAAUCGCCGCCACAGGCGGCAAACGGGCGCUUGAAAACCAGCUGAAAUCUCAAAAGGCAAACUUGAAAAUCGUUGGCCAAAAGGAGGCGUUCCUGGAGCGCAUUAAGGAACACCGGAGUCCCCAGGACCUAUUGCAGCAUGACUUCUCCUCGGACGUGCCCAUCGCUAAUACGGCGGUGCAGGCCCUUAAGGAGCAGAUCAGGGAACGCAACGCCUCCAUUGGCAAGAUUGAGCAGCAGAUGGCGGGGUUCAUCCAGCAGAUCACCGCGUAUUACGACUCUGGCAACAACCUGGCACGGCAGCUGGGGCAGCAGCUGCCGCGCAUCAAGGUGGAGCUGGAGGAGUACCAGGCGACGCAGCUGGAGCACCCGGAGCCCACAGCAGCCGGCAUGAGCGAGGACGAGCUGCUGAAGCUGCUGGCAGCGGAGGAGGAGACGGCGGCGCGGCUGGAACAGGAGGCGGCGCGGGACGCCGCCAAUUGGGCCGAGGAGCAAGCGGAGUACGCGGCGGUGGAAGCAAGUCUCCAGCAGAUGCGGGAGGUCGUAGCCUCGAUGGAGGAGGAGUGCGACGCGGCCGCGAAGAAGCAGGGCGCCAAGUAUGCGGAGCUACUGAACAGGCAAGAAGCGCUCGGCACCGUAUUGUCGCGGAUAACAGGCGUAGAGCUGGAGGGCACCGGCCCGACCAGCGUGCACCUCACCAUCACGCAAGCGAUUCCGCGCAACAUGCCGGGCCGCGAACAACACAGUCUCACGUCUUUGCGGGGCAGCGCUGGCGGCGAAGCAGGGUCGUCAUCACAAGACCCACGGGUCAGCGCGGCGGAUGUGGUUAUGGCUGAACACGUCCUUACCCUGGAAUUUGAGGCCCCGGGAUCAACAUUGCUGCGAACCGCAUCGCUUAACCCACCUGGGAUAGACGUUGAAGGCGACGUGCGGGCGGCGCGGGCGGUCCAGGAUGCCGGCGGCAAGGAUGCUUCCUACGCGCUCAGCAUGUUGUUGCUGGACGUUAAGGGGCGGAUCCGGAGCCAGUGCAGGCGGCAGCUGCAACUUGAAGACGCGCAUGAGGUGUAUCCGAUGCAGCCCACCAGCGUGUCGCCCGAGCUGCUGCGUUGCGCGCUGCCCAACAAGGUCGAGGUGGAGGUGGAGGUGCCCCUCUGGUGGCCCGAGGAACCCGGCACGCGGCUCAGGCUGGUGCAGAUGCAGGGGCCGCGCGCCUCGCAGGACCUGGCGCCGCUGCUAGCGCGCCUGCAGCGGGAGCUGGAGGAGGCCUUGCAGCCCGCCGACCGCAGUGGUGGCAACGGUGGGGUGCAGGCGGAGCUCCGGCGGCGGCAGCUGCAGGGUUGCAGCCUACGGGAGCUGCUGGAUUGGGUGUAUGAGAACGUCCAGAAGGAGGAGAAGUCCUAGGGCGGUGUUCGUGUAGGACGAUGGUGCCUGGAUGGUGGGGUGCUUGCCACCUACCUACCCCUCUGGCCCAGUCGUUUAUUGGGGCUGCUCUUUGCAAUGGAGGGAAGCAUGUGUACUGGCCAGCUGCAUGCGGCGUCCUGGACGGCAUUCCACCCCAUCUUUUAUUGGCGUGCGCCUCGGGGCUGUCUGCCAUAGCAUUGUCAAGCCGUAACACGGUUACAGUGAUUCUCCAAUAGCCAGAUCCUCAUGACCUCGUGGCAAAAGCUACUAGCAAUGACCACAUUACACGUAUACGACGUGCCGGAUUGUGUGGCUGCAUUAUAAAGCAGCUACCAAGCAGUGGAUAACUGCAUGGCCUAUGUACAGCUUAUGUGCAUGCAACCCUCCGCGCCUGAUGGGCCCUUGUAUAUGUACAUCGCGCAUGACUGCCAAGCCCAAUCCUUUCCAAGAUGUCGCAUGACAUGCAUGCCGGAUUCAUUAACGACGCCCGGAACCUCUUGCAAUGUUCCGUGCU